ACCUGUUACCACCUACAAAUGGUCAAACUAACCAAUCAACUAAUGUUUACUAUGUUGAAAGUUAAUAUCUUGUAUUGGACUGUAGUUGUAUUAUAUUGUUGUGAGUGAUUGUUGUGAUUAUUGUUGUGUUAUUGUUAAUCACAAUUCUAAUCACUUACAACAACAACAAGACAUACACACACAUCAUCAUAGUUUUUACUUUCCUCUUUCUUUUUUCUGUCUUUUUUUGCAAGAAAAAAAAAGUGUCUCUCUCUCUCUCCUUCCUAAAAACUGACCAGUCUCAUCAUUCACCUUUUAACUGACCAACACUUUUUUUUUGUUUUCCUCUCUUCAUAUGUUUCGUUUAUUUUGUCAACAUUAUCUCAAUACAAAAAGGAUUCUGAUUAUCUCUCUUAACUGUUUAUCUAAUAAUAUUAUUAUUAUUUGAUUAUUUGAUUAUAUCUUAAUGGAUUAUUGAUUAGAAACUUAUAUUGGAAAUUGUCCCAAUUGUCUUAAUCUCUUUAAUCCUCUUCCUCCUCCUCCCGCCGUUAACUUAUUUCCUUAAUUGUGAUUUGUGAAUGAUGGUGAAGGACCAUGGGAAAUGACUCAAUUCAAUUUAAUAAUUUGUGUCAAAUGUUUUUGUGUAAUAUUGUUGAUUAUUAAUGGAUUAACAAUGCCUCCAGCAAUGGCCUGUGGACCAGGUCGAUCAGGUGGACGUCGUCGUUUACCUCGAAAAACAACUCCCCUUGUAUUGGAACAACAUAUUCCCAAUGUAUCCGAAAACACCCUGUCCGCUUCGGGACCUGGCGAAGGAAAAAUAAACAUUAAAGAUCCAAGGUUUCGAAAAUUAGUUCCUAAUUACAAUCCCGAUAUCGUCUUCAAAGACGAAGAAGGUACCGGUGUCGAUAGGAUAAUGACCUUGCGUCUCAAGGAAAAAUUAGAUACAUUGGCCGCUUUGGUUCGUAAUCAAUGGCCUGGAAUUAAAUUACGAGUAAUUGAAGCCUGGGAUGAUGCUAAUCAAUUCAAUUAUGAUUCACUUCAUUACGAAGGUCGUGCCGCUGAUAUAACAACUAGUGACAAGGAUAAUUCCAAAUACGGUGUAUUAGCGCGUUUAGCAGUAAUCGCUGGAUUUGAUUGGGUUCUUUAUGAAUCGAGGCAUCAUGUUCAUGUUUCGGUUAAAUCAGAUAAAGCAGCGGCCUCAUCGCGUCCUGAAGGUUGUUUCACUGGUGAUUCCUUGGUCUACACUCCCAAUGGUCCAGUUGCUUUAUCGACAAUUGAUGUUGGUCAACAGAUAUUAACAGUCAAUUCUGAUGGAGAUAUUGUUUUCAGUGAGAUUUUAUUAUUCCUUGAUCGUGAUCCAAGUGUUGAAAGGAUUUAUGUUCACCUAACAACUGAAACUGGUAAAGUGAUUACAUUAACCCAAUCACAUCUUAUAUUUACUUAUGAUCCAAUUGUAUCAUCAAGUGUAACAAGAACUUCUAGUAAUCAAAUCAACACUACCUCAUCUUCAUCUUCAUCUUUAUCUCCAUCAUCUUACAACUCAACAAUACCACCGAUUCCAUCUCCAUCAACCUGGACAGCAUCUUCGUCAACCGAUCCUAGUGGACAAUGGACAGCAAUCUUUGCACGUUACAUUGAACCAGGAAUGUUUGUCUCCACAAUACCUGUAAAGAAUGAAAAAGAAAAAGAAAAUCAACAACAAUUAAGUGAAAGUGAUUACCAUCAACAAUUAAAUCUAGAUGAUUACUAUUUGAAACCUGAGAAAGUGGUUAAGGUAACCCAAAGCUUAAGAAAAGGUGCUUAUGCACCUUUAACUCGUAAUGGUAAUUUAAUUGUUAAUCAAAUUGUUGCCUCAUGUUAUGCAGUCGUAAACGAUCAAUCGUUGGCUCAUCUUUCAUUUCUACCUGUAAGACUUUACUACAAUUUAAUAGAAUCUUUAAAUUAUAUUAGAAAAUGGUUAACACUUCGUUUACCAUCAUCAUCAUCAUCAUCAUCAACAACAACAUCCAUUUUAUCAUCUUCAUCUUCAUCUUCAUCAUUUCCAUCAAAAAAGUCAUCAAAGUCAUCUAUUAUUUUAUCACAACCAAAAUUAGAGAUCAAUCAAGAUAAUCAACAAUUAUCUUAUAAAGUAAAUGAUAUUAAUGAUAAUAAUAGCAUUAGAUAUAAAAAGAAAAUUAAAUCACAAUCUAAAUCUAAUUGUAAUUUAAAUUAUGGAAUACAUUGGUAUCCUAAAUUACUUUAUUCAAUUGCCAAAUAUGUAAUUAGUAGUGAUUAUAUGUACUCUUAGGAAUUAACGAGAACACAAACAAAAUUAAUCUUCAACAUAACGAUUAUCUCUGUCUCUUUUUUUUUGUAAAUUAAAAUUAAUUAAUUUGAUCAAUUAAUUUGUAUUGAUCAUAAUUUGUAUUUUGUAUUAAUAUUAUUUUUAAAACAAAAAAGAAAAACAAAUCAAUACUUUUUC